UUCUAAAAGAGAAAUUAUUUGUUCUCGUCAAUAUCACUAGGUCUCGCUGGUGAGAUGUACAUGCGACUUCUGAAAGCCCUGAUGUUACCUUUGAUAGCUUGCACAGUUAUCUCAGGUACAUCUUCUACUGAUGCUAGGUCCAGUGGAAAGAUUGGGUUUGUGGCCAUCUCUUAUGUCUCACUGAUUAACGCUCUGGGCUCUGUUGUCGGUGUGAUCUUAUGUGUUAUCAUCCAACCAGGCGCGGUGUCUGGUCAAGUGAAUGACAACAGUGACAAGUAUAACAAUGGUCUGAAGACGAGUGACAUUAUAGCCGACUUCUUUAGAAACAUCUUCCCAGACAAUGUGAUUGGAGCAGCCCUACAGGUGACGCAAACCAAAUAUAUAGAAAAAUCCAACAUCCAGCUUGUAAAUUUAGUUGGGGACAACUCCAGUCGUAAUGGUAGUGACUUGUGGACCAAUGUGACCCAGAAUCAGUUAGUGAGAACUUUUGGCAGUGCUACAGGCACCAACAUACUUGGUGUCAUUGUCCUGAGCGCAACAUUCGGCAUUGCAGCUUCGAAGAUCGCGAAGGCCUCACCAUUCAUCGACUUCUUUAAAGUUUGUGCACAAAUAGCAUUUCUUAUCUUUCAUUGGGUCAAAUGGUCAACUCCAUUAGGUGUGGCAAGUCUUAUAGCAAGUGCCCUAGCUGGCAUGCAUGACGUCACUGCUGCCUUCUCUUCCCUGGGGUUGUACAUUCUGGUCGUGACUGGAGGAAAUCUCGCUUUCCAGGUUUUGGUUUUUGGAACCAUUUAUGCUAUUGUGACCAGAAGUAAUCCUGUACACUUUUUUGUCCAUUUGGUAAAGCCUUGGCUCAUAACGCUGGCACCAUCUAGCUCCAUUCUUGCCCUCCCUGUCAUGCAUGAAAUCAGUACACAGAUCUAUGCCAUAGACACCAAAGUCACAGGGUUUGUGAUAGCAGUGUGCUUUGCUUUGAACAGAACCGGCAGCGCUCUAUUUAUAGCAGCGUCUUGCCUUUUUAUGGCGCAAUACUCCGGGAUACUGCUGAGUGUAGGAACUAUAAUGACUGUUGGGCUUCUUUCGUUUCUUUCCUCUUUCGCCAUUCCUUCCGUUCCGUCAGCAAGUAUAGCGACCAUCAUCAUCAUCAUGACUACUUUGGGAAUCCCUGUAACUAACAUUGGCCUCGUUUUGGCUUUAGAAUGGAUCAAUGACCGGGCCCGAACUACAACCAAUAUGGUGAGUACACAGCUAGCUAUCAUCGUCACGUGGACCUUUGGUCAACAACGACUCAAACUAGAAACAGACGGGCAGAAAGAGGCUGAGGAACUUGUUUCAAUGGCGUAGUGAUUUUAGUGUCUUAAAUAAAUCUUCAAAAUAAAA